AUGGUAGAUAAUACCGCGCUUUUCGAUAAGCUUGAUGAUUUGGCUGAUCUCGAAAUUGCGAUUUUACUCUGCCUUGUUGCCAGGGAACAUGGUAUCAUCGAUACGGAUGCAGACCACCUGGAUGACUUGGAGAACGAAUUGAGCCUGAUUGUUGAAAACACAUUUAAGUUAUCAAAGGCAGUUGUAGAUUGUUCUCCGGGUACUUCAUGGGAAGAAUUCAGCAACGCAAUCUUAAUUCCGCGCAGAGAUGCCUAUGCAAACCAACAAUUGCAAUCGUCACACUCAAAACUCAAUGUUGAUGUUCAUAGAGAAUCAGGGUCUUUUCAUAGUGAGAGGGCAUUUAGGGAGCAGCAUGGAUCCCGUAAUAAAGAUGAAAGGACACUUGUCAAUGUUGUUAUCGCAAAGAACCUUAACCAAGCACCUGAGACGGUUCAGAUCCAAGUUCUAGAGCUGAUACAAUCAAAACGCAUUUUUAUAAAGGCAUUGGUUUACAAUGCACCAGAAAUAUUUCUUUUAAUUCCAUUACUCUCUAUAAGCAGAAAGCCAUUCUCCACACUCCUGAAUAAACACUUGAACGAUCACAUUUACCUCUCACACCACCAUGGCAGAGCAGAUCGCUUUACAAACCUUGAGGAAGCUUCUGAUUGGAUUUCUGAUGAGGCCGCCUCUGAAGCCUCAGUUCUCCGACCGGCUCCUAGCUCACCGCGUUCUUUCCAAAAAUCGUAUAUCACCAAAGAGGACAUCGAUAUACUCCAGCAGCUUAGUAACAAUGUAUCUGCCUCAGCCGACGUGAAUUGCUAUUUGCAGAAUUUUGUUGUAUUCUUAAGGCUACAUCGUGGAGUAGCGGGUGGCGUGUCUCCUGUUGCAACUCGUCAUUUUCGACUCCUAGCUAGAUGUUUAGCAGCUUUCCAGCACUUAGACCUUUUGAUUCCAUCAUUAAUUGCCAUUGCUGCUAAAAAGACAUAUCGACACCGGAUUAUUGUUGCUGGUCCGAGAGAUGACCGCAGUCUUCUCUAUGAAAGCAGUCUAGAGGCAGCUAAAUAUGUUCUCACCGGCCUUACUCCGGAGGACAUUAUUGAAGAAACCUUAGUAGAGGUCGAAGCACCAUUAUAA